AUGAUGGUGAGUUAUUUGAAAAAUAUUUUCUACCCUUUUUAUUCAUUUAUUUUAUUCAUAAAUCUACAUCAGGGAUUUUUUUUUCCUUUCAGAUUUUUUCCUAUCCUCUGUCCUUCCAUCCUUUUUUCCCCUUUUGGUUUCCUUCUUUUCUUUUUACUGCUUUUUCUUUCUUUUAUCCUAAACUUUUCUUUCUUUCUUUAUUUAUCUUCUUCUUUAUUUCUUUCGCAUCCUCUUUCUCUCCUUUUUACUACCAAUUUCUUUCUUUCUUUUAUCCUAAUGUUUUCUUAUUUUCUUCAAUUAUUUAUUGAUUUCCUUCCUUUAUUUCUUUCGUAUUCUCUUUCUUUCGUUUCCCACAUUUCAUUCUUUCGUUCUUUUAUUCUAUUGUUUUCUUUCUUUCUUUCUUUCUUUCUUUAUUUAUUUAUUUAUUUGCUUCUUUAUUUCUUUCGCAUUCUCUCUCUCUCUCCUUUUUACUACCUUUUUCUUUCUUUCUUUUAUCCUAAUCUUUUCUUACUUUCUCCAAUUUAUUGA